AUGUUAGAAAAUACUACUAAAUUAUUUUUUGACAUUAUUACAUCAUCAUCAUUAACAAACAAUUCACUGUCGUCAUCAAUAGCACCACCAGUUCGUACUCGAAUUAUGAUUAAUGCCAUCUAUAUAGCAGGUGUUGCUUUUAUGGUAGGCGUUUUUCUUCUAUUACUUUGGGUAAAUUUAUGUAGUCGACAUUGCUGGUGUUGGCAUGAUACACCAGUUGUUAAUAGAUUUAAUCGUCAAUGGCUAAUACAACGUUCAAUGACUGCAAAUAUUGAUAGUGCAUCAUCAAAAGAUCGACAACAACGAAGAUCAUUAAACGAAGAUGAACUCGAGUGA